UUAGUUAACCAUUAAUAACAGAUAACAUUUAUGGUGGUGCAAAGUGUCACAAACCAAACCUGUUUUGAAGGAACACAUUUCAUACUCUACAGUUUCUAGAUCCCUGUUUACAGUCAAUAUUAGCAGAGAAUUCACAAGGAAAUCUCAACUAGUCGGUCAAGAGGAAGGGUCAGCGGGUGGGCUUCUCACAGAUUGAUAUGGGACCAGACCAGUCCUCUUCAGCAUUGUGAGGCCUCCUCUCUGAGAGUUAUAAUGAGUUAUCAUCAGAUUGAUAUGGGACCAGACCAGUCCUCUUCAGGAUUGUGAGGUCUCCUCUCUGAGAGUUAUAAUGAGUUAUCACCAGGGGGCUGAGGGUGGUGACAUCCAUAAAGAAAGACAGAAGGAUGGGUCAACAAACAAGGAUCUUGAUGAGACCAUGGACCCUGAUAUGAGGGGCCAAUCAGAGAGAGCAGAGUCUAUUUCCUCUGGUUUUCUAUCAAUGAAGACUGACAAAUCCAUGGAUUACCCUGUUCAUUUCAAAGUAGCAGACUCUCUACAUAACAAAGGGCCAGUAGAUGUAUCCUGUGAUAUCUGCUCUGAGGUCCAAGCUGUGAAGUUCUGUCAGACCUGCAGUGUGUCCUACUGUGAGACCCACAUCAGACAGCACUAUACAAUACCUAAACUAAAGAGACACACACUGGUGGAUGUGACUGGAGACCUGGUGCAGAAACUCUGUCAACAUGACUACAGUCCUCUGGAGGUGUUCUGCAGGACAGACCAGAUGCUGAUCUGCAGUCAGUGUGCAGAGACAAACCACAAAGGACAUGAUACCAUCCUCCUUGAGAUAAAGAAAGCAGGAAGACAGCCUAAGAGUUUUGAUAGAGACCAACACACAACGUUGGCCGCGGAUGAUGUGCUGCCCCCUCCUGGUGACAUCCAGGUCCUGUUGCUGACGUCAGACUCUGUGUCUCUGAGCUGGGGUCCUCCUGAAGAGUUGAAGGGACCACAGAAGUUCAGAGUGACCUGGGGUUGUGACGUGGAACCGUGCAGUAUAGGGGUGAAAAAUGUUCAUGAAGUUGAAAUCAGCAGACUCAACCCUGGUCAAAAGUACCAGUUCAGUGUGGCUACAGAGAUGGAGAGCCAAAUCAGAUGGAUCUCAGCCAAGGUCUCAGCAUCCCUAUCCGCAG